CCAUUUUGAAUCGUUUUUGUUAUAGAAAUAACCACUCAUUAUUUAAGUCUUUUUAAGCUCAUAUUAUAAGCUGGCAUCCCUUUUUUCUUCAUUUAUCGUGAGAAUGAGCUUUCCAGAUAAAGCUGAGGAGGUAAAUCGAGAAGAAUGGAUGGAAAGACUUGGGAAAAUAAGGUUCCCAAGAGCUGAGAUGAAUCGUUUAAUUAUGGACUAUUUGGUUACUGAAGGUUAUAAAGAAGCAGCAGAAAAGUUCAGAAUUGAGUCAGGAACACAACCAUCUAUUCCACUAGACAGCUUGGAUAACAGAAUCAAGAUCAGAGAAGCCAUUCAACGGGGUGAUUUAGAAGAAGCAGUAUCUCUUACUAACAAGCUAAAUCCAGAAAUCCUUGAUACAAACCAGCUUCUAUAUUUCCAUUUACAACAGCAACGACUGAUUGAACUAAUUCGAGAAAAAGAUAUCGUAUCGGCUGUGGAAUUUGCCCAAAAUCAGCUUGCCGAGCAGGGCCAGGAAUCAAAUAAUUUUCUUGAAGAGCUUGAACAAACUAUGGCACUACUUGCUUUUGAGAACCCAGAAGACUCGCCAUUUGGUGAACUACUUCACCCAGCUCAAAGGCAGAAGGUGGCGAGUGAACUGAACGCAGCAAUACUUGAAGCUGAGUACAGAAAAACGCAGCCUAAACUUGCUAAUAUUCUUAAGCUUUUAUUGUGGACUCAAGAGGAGCUUGACAAGAAGAAGGCAAAGUUUCCCAAGAUGACAGAUAUGGCAACUGGUACAUUUGAAGAUCCAAAAUAAUGAAUCAAAAUAUAAUAACCUGCAUAAAAAUGACAGUAAAAAACAAAUAUUACCUCUUUUUGAAAGCAUAGCAGGAUAUUUAUAACCACUUUGUGACAUUGAAGAGCAGAAUAUUCAAGAAGCAUUAAAGUGUUAGUUUUACGAAAAUGAAAAUGAGAUUAUAGUUUACCAAUAAACAAUAAAUGGAAACUGAAUAAUAAUAAAAAUUAACUUUUCCUGUCAGGAAUUCUACUUCCAAAAAUUGUCAAAAGCUCAUCUGCCAUUGCUUUGCUGCUGUUGCACUUUAAUUUAUGUGCAACAUCAUAUGUUCAACUGGCAUCCUUUUUACCUAGACUGACUCUACAAUAGAAUCUGUAAUGUGGUGAAAGGGUAAAUUAUACACAGUGAAAAGAUGAAAAAAGUGACGUUUUGGACACUAGACCUUCAUCGGAGUAAAAGAGCUCUUAAGUUUUUUCAUCUUUUCAUGGUUUAUAGUUUACCCUCUUAUCAUUACUGUUCGAUUAGAAACACCGAUGCAGCUCACACUAGAUCUUAGCUAGUUAUCUCUUCCUGUAAUGUAGUACGUUGUUGAUACCAAUAAUAUAUUCUUCCAAGAUGU